AGGCCCAGAUCCUAUCGGCAUGAUGCUUAUGAGGAUCGCAUGCCUACUCGGCACCACCAUUACCCUGUGGAUACAUACGUUUCCUAUGAUGAACCAGAUACAGUGCAGUCUCAGCAACAGUUUCAUCAACAUCAGCACAAACCUAAAAAGCAUCACAGAUCUCAUAAGGACUAUGACCUGGAUCAUGACCUUGUAAGACACUCGGAGCGAAAACGCAAACAUGGUGAUGAAUGGUUUCCUGAGGACUUGAUAGACGAUCACAAAAAGAAGAAAAAGCACAAAAAACACUCGAGAAGUCGUAGUAGGGAAGGGAGAAGCAGGCAUGAAAAGCGCCGCAGCUCUCCCAAAUGUACAGAUAUUGAAGCUUUCAAAUUCCGGUCCAGCUUACUCUCUGAGCUGUCCAAAAAACCCAACUUCACUGAAAAGAUUCUUCGAGCCUCCAAGUCUUCCGAGCCAGUAGAAGCGCAGCCGGUUGAGGGCACGGUAUGUCCUCUUACCGAGGUCCCGCUUCCCCCGACCUCCGAUCAGAAACAAACAGAGGCGACACCUUGCCCUGAUGUUGGCAUUCCUUUAGAUGAAAUAGCCCUGCCACCCGAACCGGUGAGCGCAGGCGAGCCACCGGCGUCAGCUGACGUGCAAGCGUCACCUGAUCAGCCGACUCCUAGUCCCAGGACCAUUCUAGAGGAUUCUUUUGUGAUGGAGGCCCCAGAGCGUUCUGCUGUUUCCUCUGACACUGUUCCCGUUGCACCUGAUUUAAAGCAACAGCCAGUCGCACACCAUCAUGAGAACGAUUCCACUGACUUUACAAGAAAGCCUUCUAUUGCCGACUUGCCCCUACCUCCUGGUUUCGAAACGUCCAAGUUCGAGUCAUUCAGUCACAGUACUUUUUCCAAAGCCGUAAACCACCAUUCCUCCGCACCGAAGCGUCCUGGCCAUGGAGGGAUCACGCAUUUGCCGAAAAUCUGUGAACUCCGGUCCAAAUCGCGCAACAACAAGACAUGGGGCGAACGUUCUGUCAAUGCCUUUGAAUCGCUCGUUCAAGUUGGUGAGGGUACUUACGGGCAUGUUUACAAAGCUCGGGAUAAACUCACAGGCGAAUUCAAAGCAUUGAAAAAGGUCCGUUUGGAAAAUGAACGUGAAGGGUUUCCCAUCACGGCCGUACGCGAAAUCAAAAUUUUACGCCAGUUGCGACACCCGAACAUUGUCAAUCUUUGUGAGAUUGUCACAGACAAAGACAAUCCGAUCGAUUUCAAGAAAGAUCGAGGCGCUUUCUAUCUGGUAUUUGAUUACAUGGAUCACGAUUUGUACGGAAUUUUGGAGUCCGGUUUUGUCACUUUCACGGAACAGCACAUUGCAUCGUUGAUGAAACAGCUAUUGGACGGACUAAACUAUUGUCACGACAAACAUUUUUUGCACCGAGAUAUCAAAUGUUCCAAUAUAUUGAUCAAUAACCGUGGCCAGUUGAAAUUGGCGGACUUUGGUUUGGCUCGUCUGUACGUCGCCGGUGAUAAGGAAAGGCCUUAUACGAAUAAAGUGAUCACCUUGUGGUAUCGACCACCAGAAUUACUGUUAGGUGAAGAGCGCUACGGUCCUGCCGUGGAUAUUUGGUCCUGUGGUUGUAUUCUUGGAGAGAUGUUCACUCGUCGACCUAUGUUUCAAGCUGCGGAAGAGAUGGAGCAGAUGGAAGUUAUUUCACGGGUAUGUGGCUAUCCAGACCCCGCAAUUUGGCCAAAUGUGGAAAAACUACCGUUCUAUGCUACAUUCAAACCGAAACGAAUGUAUCGUCGUCGUGUACGAGAGGAAUAUAAAGUCAUCCCACCAAUGGCACUCGACCUGUUGGAUUACAUGCUUCAACUGGACCCGCGCCGACGAUGUAGUGCGCGGCAAGCGUUGGAUUCUCCGUGGCUCAAAAAGAUCGAUCCUCUGCGUAUCGCUCCUCCAAAGUUGCCUGUAGACCAGGAUUGUCACGAAAUGUGGAGUAAAAAGCGUCGCCGCAUGUUGCGACAAGAGAUGGAACUGAAAGCACAGAAAACAGGAUCAGAUGGUAAUAUGACCAAGCCUGCCGUUGCGUCAGCGUCAGCAAAUAUGACUGCUGCACAUCUUAGUAAAGAACACCAACAUUCCAUAACUCGGCAGUCGAAUGGUCCUGCCGUCAAAGAUGCGUAUUCCGGUUCCAUAAGUCACACGACUGGUAGCACGGCCGCCAGGCAGAUGGCGAAAUCGAUUCAACCUGUUGAUCCUACCUCUGUGGCUAAACGCAAUCCCUCCACUUCGGGUCACCUGAAUCACUUCCCCGACAAUGCUGGUCCUAUGCAGACAGACGACAAUGACCUUGAGAUACAGCUUCGUACUCUUUUGGCUGACCUAGCGGACUCUGGCGUUGAACACGUGAAGGAAUCCAUUGUAGACGCAUUGAAGAAUAAUCCGGUAAUUUUGGAAGGAAUGCAACAUAUUCUGGGUCCUAUCGAUCCAUCUGAGAAUGCAUCAAAAGUGCUGACGUAUAUUUUCUCCCUACUGUCUGAACUGACCAACGCCAACUCCGCGACGAUAGCCACCACCGCCAGCUCCGUAACCACCGAUGCAAGCAUUCAAACAGGUACUGCAUCACAGACCGUCCUCGACUUGAACUCUGACGUCAGUGAUCGAAACCGCAGCUCUUUCACCAGCACGCAGUCUCAGUACACAUGGUAUCAACCUAGGCAAUGA